GAAUUAAUUCAUUACAAAAUGAAGAUAUUCGAAUAAACAGUGUGAAAUAUAUAAAUAAUUUAAAAUAAAUAUACCGAUUUAGUUCCCGAUGUCAAUGUGAAAAGGAAGCUUGGUACUUCACCGUCUUUCCCCAAGUCACUCUUGCAGCCAAGCCAUGACCCACGGCGGAGGAAGAGGCACCAAAGCCAUCACUUCCAAGCGCAAAGCCACCACAUCCGAAGAUAAAACCCUACAGCUAACCAAACAACUUGCCAACAACCUCAGCUCUGCCAUCGACGCUGCUUACUCUUUUCUCCUCGAAAAUGACCUUCGCCUCCUCCCCUCCCAAAUUCUCUCUCUCGAAUCUCUCAUCCCCUCCCUUCAUCUCUCCCUCUCCUCUUUUCUCUCAGCUUCCUCUCUCCCUCCAAUAUCCUCCUCUCCAUCUUCAUCAUCUCCUUCUUACACUUGUUGGUUCCAGCGUUUCAUCGUCUCCGCCAAUUCUGAUCUUGACCCCCGCUGGGUUCACUGUUUCCGAAUGUCCAGGCCCUCUUUUACCCUCCUUCUCUCCGCCAUCAUCCCCUUUUUGUAUUCCUCUCUCCCCGCCAUUUCCCCCAAUACAGCCCUUGCCGCCUUCCUCUUCCGCCUCGCCCACGGCGCCUCCUUCAAGGCCGUCGCUCGUCAUUUCGGUUUUGAGUCAUCCGCUGAAGCAUGUCGCGUUUUCUACACUGUUUGUAAGCUGAUAAUUGAUAAAUUGGGAUAUUUGUUUGGGUUGCGUUCCGAUAUUGGCCGCAUUGUGGUGGGUUCUGGGUGGAGUUCGUUGCCCAAUUGCUGUGGGUUCCUAGGGUUGGAGAGAUUUCCGGUUGAUGGUAAAUUGUUGGGAGAAAAUGGGUCAAUACUGGUUCAGGCAUUAGUGGAUUCUGAGGGUAAGUUCGUCGAUGUCUCGGCUGGCUGGCCUGGCAACAUGAAAGCCGAAACCAUUUUGCAUCAGACCAAGUUGUUUUCGGCUGCUGAGGAAUCCAGGGAGAUGUUGAAUGGUCCCUCUUAUCGGACCAGCGAUGGCAACUUGAUUCCUCAAUACAUUUUGGGAGAUUCUUGUUUCCCUUUGCUGCCGUGGCUUUUAACGCCUUAUGUACGAUCCAAUGAGGAGGAGGAUAGUUUUGGCACUGCGCAGAGGGAGUUUAAUGCAGCACAUGAUCGGGCAAAGGGACUGGUUGAUACUGCUUUUGCUAGAGUUCGAGCCCGGUGGCAGCUUGUGGCAGAAAGUUGGAAGGAGCGUAUUGAGAUUCUUCCAUUCAUGAUAGUAUCUUCUUGUUUGAUGCACAAUUUUCUGAUCAAAUGUGGUGAACCGAUCCCGGAUGAUGUUGCUGUGUGCUCCAAAAAGGAGGAGUUUUCUGCUUCUGAGGGAAACUUGAACGAGAGUGGGCAGAGGGUCAGGGAUGCACUUGCAAAGCACUUGACUCGAGUGAGUUUAAGAAGGUGAAUGGUAUAGUAAUCUUAGCAGCUUGUAGUUUCUCUGCUGCAUUUUGGUGAACCAUUCUAUAUAGUUUAGACCUUUUGUCUUGAAAUGUUACAUAGUUCUUGUGUUAUUUUUAUCUGGGAAAAUUGAAAUAUAGAGUAGAACUUUGCUUGCUCAAUCUUGUGCUGGCAGCUUUGCCUAAAUGUUCUUGAUAGUCAACUUGCUUAAUAGUUGCUUAUUAGGAGGGCUCAGGUUCUACUCUGUUUUGGUUUUUGUUUGGUCAA